CCUAAUUAGGACUUUAUCUUUUUAGGAAGUAUGUAUAAGAAAAAUGCCAAAGUAUUUAUAGACGCUCUUCAGAAAAUUAAUGAGAGACAAACUCUUAAGCAAGCUAAAGAAAUAUUGCAAAAAAUAUCGUUCGACGGUCAAGAAAAAGUGUCAUUACUCUUGAAGGACUAUUGUCCCUGGUUGGCGAACUUCUCGGCAGCCCGAAUGAAUCUCGAACUGGAAAUUCCGGGACAGUACACUGGUGACAAGAUGCCAUUAGUACAACAUCACAUAAAAAUAGCCGGUUUUCGCGAGACAGUAGCAGUAAUGAGCUCGAAAACCAAACCUAUUAAGAUUACAAUGCUGGGGAUGAACAGCAAAGAGUACCCGUUUUUAGUAAAAGCUGGCGAAGAUAUCAGACAAGAUCAGCGAAUAGAACAGUUAUUUGUCUUAAUGAACAAUAUUUUUGCUACCGCAAAUAAGACUCAUCAGCUAUUACAUACCAAGUAUCUAUUUGUUAGGAUACUUUGGUUUUUACAGGUAAUACCAUUGACCUCAAGUUUGGGCAUAAUCCAGUGGGUGGAGAACAUAAUUUCUAUAGAGGGUUUCAUAAAAAAAUCGCUAAACAAUAAAAAACGGACGGAUAGUUGGAAGACUAACGCCAAUUCCUAUGUGCAGUUUUUUGAGAGGAAACCAAGCGACAUUGACGUGUAUGGUGCCACGGCCUUAAAACGGACCAAAGACGACGUAGUUAAGUUUUACCAACGAAUGGUUAAUCAGAUUCCCUUGGAUAUUUUAAG